AUGGGUCUUUUCACGAAGAAGAACAAGGAUCACUCCGCGCCUUACGACUCGAACGAGCCUGUUGAAGGUACCCGGCAUGACGCACAUUCCGCCCGCGUCGGUGGUGCUGGCGCCCACUCUAACGCGUACGACGAGCCUGGAACAAUGGGCGGAGACCCGUACGCUCAAGAUCACCUCCACCAGCACGAUGGCAUGCAUCAGGCGGCUGGUGGUCCUAACACAACGGGCCAUGGCGCCGGUCAAGGUCAGCCUAUGGCACAUGCCGGCCAGCAACAGCACUUCGGAGGAGGAUCUGCCUUCGCCGAACCUGGUAUUGCGCCAGCCGGUCACAUCUCGCAACGCCCGGACGGUCACGAGCGUGGAGGAGGAGCCAAAGCCGCCACCGGCAAAGCUGAGCGUGCAAUCGGCGGCGUCAUUGGCAGCAGCGCUCUGAAGAACCGUGGGCUCGAGAAGGAGCAGGAGGCGAACGCUUUCAAAGCGCAGAGCGCAGAGCUUGCUGAAGCGGAGCGCCUUGAGCGCGAGGCUAUGUUGCGCCGUGAGCGUGCAGUCGCUCACGGUGCUCACCCGGAGAAUCGUCAUCUUGGCGGGCACCCGGGCGCAGGGCAGAUUGGCGGGCAGCAGGGAGGCAUGUAA